AUGGAGUACCCUCAGUUGUGCCAACCUGAACCCCUGAAGCUUGCCUAUGGGAAGAUUGGCCAGUACCGCAGAAUUCAGCAACCCAAAAGGAAAAAUGGCUCAUUCAAAGGGAAGGGGAUAGAAAGAUGGCAUAGAGCUGUGUCUACCAACUUAGCUAAACAAAACGUUUUGGUCCCCAAAGAGGAAUCAUUGAAUGAAAGUGACUUGGAGUUUCAUGAAAAUCAAAGUAAUCAGAAAAGAAACCUGAUGAAGAAAAUGAAGAGUGCUUUUGGGAAAAUGCUGUCCUGCAAGUGUGGAAGCCAGUCAGCCCGAGCUGGCAGGGAGAGCCCUGCAGGGCAGAUGGAAGCCGCCCUCUCCAACACACAAGGCCUGCUGCCUAGACUUGUCAAGGAGCUUCCAUCUCCCAGGUUGUUUACAAAGCCGAGGAUGAGAAAGCUCUCACAGAAUGCAACUAUACAGCUUGAUGUUGUAGAAGCAGAGGCAGAAGAAGUAACCACAGGAACCCGGCUCCUCCGAGCAAGAAGAACCACCAAGCGGUUAUCUGUGACAUCCCUUCCUUCAGGGCUGCAGAAGGUACCAUAUUCAUCAAAAAAGAGACCAUACUUUCCAGCACUUAAAAAGAAGAAACAGAGCAUGGAAGACAUCCUCCAGAAACCAGACCUGACAGUGGGAAAACUUCAAAUGCAGGUGGAUGACCUCAUAGAAAGAGUGACUGACAAAUCCAUGAAGCUUUUGGCCCAAAGACAUGCUGAGCUUCAGCACUGUGAGUUUCUAGGGGCUGAGAUCCUUCAGUCUUCGAAGCAGUUCCAAAGGCUUUCCAAGAGAACCACCAGGAAGUUCAAGCUGAGGAGUGCAUGCUUCCCAUGCACCUGCUGCUGCUUCUGAGGCCCAAGUACACAGCCCAGGAGCAAACAGAGAGCUGCCUCAACAAGGUGGAAGUCAAGCAGCAAGAGCCAAGGCCAACAUCUGAACCUGACUUAUGCUCCAGCAGCGCACUCCCCCACACACCAGCAUGUAAACAUACGACGUAUCGUGCACACAGGCACAACAAUAAGUCCUUUAAAAAUGACUCCUAAAGAACAACAGGGUGGAGAGGAGACAUUUACUAACCACAUUUCUCAAGCACUAACAGAAAAAUAAGCAGAAAAGCAAUGCAGAUGGAUUGAUCUCAUACACCAGCAAUUCCCAACAGUGUGGAAACUGUCCCCACAACGAACACAUAGCACAAGUAUUGAUUACGGCCCCCCUAAAGCCUGCUCAAGGACUUCAUUUCCAAAAGGGGUUCCUCAUGUUUAUUCCAGAUGCAAUCUUAGAGUCCUCGGCUGAUUUUAUAAGGCAACUGUUACUAGUUACCUAGUUUUAAAUAAGCAUAAAGAUCCAGCUUGAGACAUUUUAUUAAAUAUUUUCAGAUGUUGAACUCUACCUUGAAGAAUAAAAAUGCAUUUAAAAAAUACACAUACACCAAACACAUUUCCUUUGUGUGAAGAAAUAUGAGUGAGACAUGAAUAUUUAAAAGCAAAGCAUUUCACUGCCAAAGCUGAAGUGCCUCACAACCACAACAAGCUGAACCCAGUAAGCCGUGCGGCUUUCCACCGCCCUGCCAAUGGCGACAGUCAGCCUGUCGAUGUCUACGGCUUAGGGUCUGCUUCCAUGGCACUUUCUUGAGCGUCAUCCACCUCGGACAGCUUGUCAUCAUCUGUAAGAAGAUACAAACCCUCAUUCAACGUCGCCUAGAUUUUAUGCCCAGUGCAUGCAUGAAAAGUUUUAUUUCGUAUUAGCAACUACAUUUAAAACAAAGACAGCAAAAUGACAAGUGAGGCUGUGAACGGCUCAACAGGUAACGGCAUUUCCACCUUGUUGAGCCGAGGACUCAGGCUAGAUCCUGGCUAGACCCACAAGGGAAGAGGAGAACUGACUUCUAUAGACUGUCCUCUGGCCUCUACACCCAUGCCAUAGUUAUGUGUGCAACCCUUUCCCCAAAACACACACACAUAAAUGUGAUACCUUUUUUAAAAAGGCUGAUUUAUUCUUACUUAUUACUAAGGAUAUAAAAUUUGUGCGAUA